AGAUAAAUUAUGACUUAAACGUGUUAUAAUUUAAAAAAGUAACGAUGUAUCUCGGAAGGGCUAGUCACGAUGUAAUGUCAGGAGGUGACGACCCCUCCGCCUCGGGAGAGGGUUCGGAUUCCGGCACAGUACGGUUCAUUUACCACAAUAAACUAGCUCCAGCUAGCCCUUGCUCAAACGACCGGUUGGGCCAGCUUUCCGGGCUUUCAAAGCCUAGUUCGAGAAGCAACAGUCAGGGCCAUGACAAAAGGGAGACAGCAGAAAAGUGUCCCGGAGGACGACCGGAAGGAGUGGUGAAAUUCCAAAUCAGAAACUCUGCAUUAGACCAAAUACAGACACAAUCAAUGGAGGAAAUGCAAGUCAACUCAGAUACCGGGUCCUCAGAACUGAAUUUCUCCGACAAACCCAGCUACCUAAACCUCAGAUUAGCCUCAGAUCAGGGCUCCAGUGCCACCCUUAUUUCCUCCAGUAUUAACAGAUUCGGAGACCUUCCCGAUCAUCAGAUCUUUAAUCAGUUGUCAAGAGAAAACAUGCCACAAGUGGUGUCUUAUCGGCCGUUUAUAGACACGGAGACAGGUCUGAAGAGGUACCAAGAAGUAGCAGUUACUCCGAGCAGAGGGGAUAUUGUGGAGACGAUCAGACUGCUCCCCAGGUCUUCCAUGAUUGAGUCCCUUGAUCUCGAUCACAGGUACUUGUCUCAGUCAAGUCCGAGGGAAUCACAACUCUACACUGAUAUAGAAAUAAGGCCCCAAUCUGCCAACAGAGCUUACAAUCCUGACCCUCUUGCCGACAGACCCCUCACGGGCCUUUUUAGACGGUCUCUCGCCAGACUACGGGCAGUCAAAUUUUUCAAGAAACGUCAGAGUGAGGGUCAGGAUGAGCUGAUAGGAGCGGAUAAACAGUUCACAAAGAAGCAUCGCCGGAUAAUAUCCGCAAUCAGUGUGAUUAGUCACACGGAAAGGAGAGCAAGGUCGUUGGGCUUCAAAAACUCGAAGCGGGAUCUAAAGCCGUUCGGAUUCGAGAACGAUUUCUUCUCCCACCAAGUUGACAUCCACCACUUUACCUACUACGCUCCCGCCAAAAACAUCUUCCUCCGAUACUGCCCUGCCUCCUUGCAAGUCCAGUUCAUUGCAAUGAGGUCCUUCACCCAGACCAUACCUCCUCCUCAGACUAAAUUACUGUACGGUUCCCGAGCAGCUCUCCAGAGGAAAACUAGAACAUACACCAGGUAUGACAGGGGGGUGUAUCCUGACAGAUGUCUCCUUCAAAGCUAAGAGCUGUGAGCUGAGUGUUAUUCUUGGUGGUAGUGGUAGUGGCAAGACCACCCUCCUUGAUGCUAUCGCUCAUCGUCUGGAUGGUCGGGGACACCCUAGUGGCAAGAUUCUGAUAGACGGCCUGCACGCCAGUACGACUACUGUAAAACAGAAGUUAGCCUACGUGAUACAGCACGACCGACUGUUGCCCAACCUCACUGUAACGGAGACGCUACUAUUUGUCGCUAAACUAGCGUAUCCUAAUCAUGAUGGACCUGAACUCAAAAACAAGGUAUCAGAAGUGCUGGACGAGCUGGGACUGAUGCACGUGAAGAAGAGCAAAGUGGGAGAUGGUCUGGUGAGAGGGAUUAGUGGAGGGGAGAGGAGGAGACUCUCGAUAGCCUGCCAGCUCAUCAAGUUCACUCACAUACUGUUGUUGGAUGAGCCUACUACUGGGCUGGACAGUUUCAACGCUUACAACCUUAUGGAGACACUGUCUCGUCUAUCCAAGAAGAACAUUGUUGUCAUAGCAACCAUCCACCAGCCCAGAUCAGAACUGUUCCAGUUUUUCGACAUGGUAACCCUAAUGUCGGUGGGAAAUGUGGUGUACCACGGUAAACGAGUAGACCUCAUACCCUACUUCACAGAGCUGGGGUACCCCUGUCCUGAGUUCCAGAACCCUCUCGAUCACUACAUCGACGUUGUUAGCGUGGACAGAUACACGAAAGACAACCAAGAAGCAACCGAGGAGAAGUUAAGGAACCUGAUACAAGCCUACCGGAGAUCCCAACUGUACACGACCCUGAUGGGGGAGCUGGGGCUCAGGAACAGUGAGAACGUGUCCUGGAUUGAUGAGUUCUCUCCUUGUGAACUGACCUACAAACUCGGGCUUCUUGUUCAUCGGAUGAAUGUGAACGUGGUACGGUCUUUCAGAGCGUGUGGGAUGAGAAGCACAGUUGGUCUCAUGUUCGCUAUCAUGCUUUUCGGCUUCAUACUUCGGCUCAAAAACGACCAAGCAGGUAUGCAGAAUAGAAUAGGUCUGUUGUUUCAGAUAGUGAACGGUCCAACAUACUUUGGCAUCAUGAACGCGGUCGAUCUCUUUCCCACAUUAAGAGAUCUGUUUUACCGGGAGUCAAUGGACGGUUUAUACCACCCGUCCCUCUUUAUCCUAUCUUACUUUCUUCACGUCCUCCCCUUCACACUCUUCACUUCCAUCCUCUUCGGGAGCGUAGGCUACUGGGGUAUGGGUUUCUAUCCAGACGCUGGGAGGUUCAUAUAUUUUAUAGCGGUAUUCUUUAUACUGAUGCUGCAGGGAGAGUCAAUUGCUGUGAUGAUACUUGGAUUGAUAAGUGAUCCGGUGUUAGCUAACGGUGUCAUCAGCCUCAUAAUGAGCAUGUCAAUAACAGUUGGAUCUGGAUUCAUCAGGAAUUUCAAGACACUCCACCCAAUAUUCGAGUUUCUGAGCUAUGGUUCAAUGCACCGUUACGCUAGCUCCACUCUCGCUGCCAACGAGUUCGGUGGACUCAACUUCACCUGCAGUAAUGAAGUACACUGCACGUACGCUACCGGAGACAAAUACCUCGCACAAGCGUACCCCAACGCCGUGGAACUGAAAGCAGACAACUUCUCAAUUCUGGCGUGUUACUGUUUAAUACUGUUACUUGUAUGUCACAUACUGUACAGUGUCAUCAGAAUACCAAGAUUGAGAUAAUUAUCUAGUGUAUAAAUUGCGAUGUGUGUGUGUGUGUAUAUUGCGACUUCAGAUUUGUAUAUUUAUUUAAACUUUUUUUAACUAAUUGCUAGGAUUAAGGGGAUUAAUAUUUGUGACUUAGAGAUGUCAGAUUUGAUUUUGAGAGAAAAUUUGCUCACAAGCCUAUGAUUACCUAAACAAGUUUCAUCUACACUAAAAUAACUAAAAUAUAAAGAAACAUCAAUCUUUUAAUGCUGAGAAUAUUGAUUAGUCAAAGUAUGCUUUAAAUUUGUAAAUUCAGAUAAGUAUAACCUUAACUUAGCGAUUUAUUAUAUAGAGAGGUUCAAUCAGAAUUCUAUCAUAGAUUGUUAUUGUAAAUGACGGUAUUUAUGAUUAUAAAUUGAGCACAUUGA